UUUGAUAUGUGCUGACAAAACGUUGACGUUACUUGUGAAGGUGUUUUAUGACAUAAUUUUGAAUGAUAAUAGAAAGUAAUAGUAUGGCUUCAUAAAUAGAACUUUGAACUUUCUUUUACUGUUGCUAGUGUCUGCUUUGUUAAAUAAAAAGAAACUUAUGCUGUCUUGAACUUUGCAAAAUCGAUAAUGCGUAUACUGCGAGCGACGUUCACUAUUUUGACUUUGUGCGGGUGUUUGCGCCCCUCUUCUUGGACAUCCCCGUAUAAGAGAAUUCUAUACAAUGUUUACUCCAGUUUCUUAUUUCUCACGACACACGCCCUCCUGUUUUCUCAAAUACUGGACGUGGUUCUGAACGUCAAGAAUCAAGACGAGUUCAGUGACAAUAUCUACAUGACACUGGCGAUAUUCAUCAGCUGCUACAAGAUGUGCAACUUCUUGUACAAUAGAAAAAAGGUUGCUUUUUUGAUCGACACCCUCCAGAAGGAACCGUUUGUGCCAAUGAAUGCUCAAGAAGUCGUAAUUCGAAGGAGAUGCGAACGGAUCGCUACGCGAAACACGAUUGCUUACACGACUUUAGUCGAAUGCUGCGUAUUGUGUAUGUGGAUAACUUCGUUUAUCAGAGAUUUUGGACUCAAACAAUUGACGUAUCGCGCAUGGUUACCUUACGACUAUACUUCUUCUUCGCUUGCGUUCACUGUUACAUUCGCCCAUCAAAUCGCAGGUUUAACGAUCGGCUCGUUUUUGAACGUUGCUUACGAUACUCUAUACAGUGGAAUGUUGCUUCACACGUACUACCAACUAGAGGUUCUCGAACAUCGUCUGAAAAAUGUUAUGGAAGAUGAAAAAUACUCGGUCAAGCAAUGCGCCCAUCACCAUCAUCGCAUAUUACAAUUCGCCACGAUAGUGCACGAAACAUUUAAAACGAUAGCUUGCGCUCAGUUUCUGGUCAGCACAUCGAUCGUGUGCUUCAACCUUUAUCGACUCACACAAACAGAUUUGGGGGCAAGAUUAGCGGAAACUGUGCUUUAUGCAUUUUGUAUGCUCACGGAGAUAUUCUAUUACUGCUGGUAUGGGAACGAAGUUAGACUGAAGAGUCUCGAAAUUCCUGACAUGAUAAUCAAAAGUGACUGGAUAAGUUUGGAUGUUGGCUCUCGGAAAAUCCUCCUGAUGAUCAUGAAACGCGCGACGGUGUCCAUCGAGUUCACUAGCAUUCACGUUGUGUCGAUGAAUCUCGAGUCUUUCAUGACCUUGCUCAAGACUUCUUACACUGCUUACAACGUACUACAACAGGGUCAAACGAAGUAA